GGGAGAGUGGCAGCAGGGAGGAGUACUGCAAAGAGAGACAGAGUGGGGGAGAGAGGGAGGCUGGCACUCUGCUUUAAUCCCUCAGUCCUGACUGAUGCUCUUUACAGAUACAGCAACAAAAACUUCUUCAAUUUUAAGGCUACGGACGAUUUUAAGACAGAAUUCUGGUCCGGUCUGGACACCAUCGAUUCGACGUUAACUUCACUCUGAUCUGUUCUGGAGUGAAAACUGAAGACAAUAUCUGACAGGACUGGAAUAACUCGUAGCAGCAUCACAACAACUAACGCUGGGGACAGAGACAUCAAGCAUUAUUACACAGAGACAUUUAAGAUUUAUGUUUAGAAUAUCUACUUUAAUCUAGUAAAUAUUGGCUGUAAAAUGCACACGGACACUGUAACUAAUGGCUUUUACUCAAUCUAUUUUCCAAUAAUAACCUCCUCCUGCUGAACUAAAGGGUCAACCUGCAAUCUCACCUAUUAUUGACCUACCACCAGACUACACAUCACUAGCAAGCCAAACAGUCACCUUGCACUUGCAGUAAAGUUAGCCAUUAGCGUAGUGAGCCUAGUAAACCAAGAUGGCUGACCCAUACCAAAACAACGUAUACCACCAAGGAGGAGGUGACAGCUAUGGAAGUUACGUUGAAGGUGGAGGCCAUGAUGGCUAUGGUUACCAGGCGGACUACCCUACCCAGGAAGAGGAUGCUGCGAGCGAUGCAACAGAAGGACAUGAUGAAGAGGAUCAGAUGUACGAAGGAGAAUAUCAAGGGAUACCCCAUCCUGACGAGGUGAAGGCUGCACAGAGAGCAGCGCGGGCUAAGACUCGAGCCGCUGGCAGUGAGGUCUCUGAACUGGAAGAGUUAUCUGAACAGUACGAGGACAUCAUGGAGGACUGUGGCCACGGGAAGUUCCAGUGGACGCUCUUCGUCGUACUGGGCCUGGCUCUGAUGGCUGAUGGAGUCGAGUGCUUUGUGGUAGCGUUCGUUCUACCUUCUGCAGAGAAGGACCUGUGUCUCUCCAAUGCAGAGAAAGGGAUGUUGGGUCUGACCGUCUUCCUGAGCAUGAUGGUGGGAGCGUUCCUGUGGGGGGGCCUGGCAGACAAAGUGGGCCGGCGGCGCUGUCUAAUCGUGGCGUUAGCUAUAAACUGUGUCUUUGCCUUCCUGUCUUCGUUCGCCCAGGGAUACGGCUUCUUCCUCUUCUUCAGGGUGCUGUCGGGCGUUGGUAUUGGUGGCACAGUGCCCAUUGUGUACUCGUACUUCUCCGAGUUCCUCCAGAUGGAUAAGAGAGGGGAGCAUCUGUCCUGGUUGUGUAUGUUCUGGAUGAUUGGUGGCAUCUAUGCUUCCUUCACUGCCUGGGGAAUCAUCCCCAGAUACGGCUGGGGGUUCAGUAUGGGCACAGAGUUCCAGUUCCACAGCUGGAGGGUGUUUGUCCUGGUGGCAGCUCUUCCUGCUAUCUCCUCUCUGGUCGGUCUCACCUUCAUGCCUGAGAGCCCCCGUUUCCUGCUUGAGAGUGCCAAGCACGAUGAGGCGUGGAUGAUCCUGAAGCAGGUCCAUGACACCAACUGGAGGGCCAAGGGACAGCCAGAGAAAGUCUUUACUGUGACUCACAUCAAGGCACCUAAGACAGCAGAGGAUGAGUUUAUUGAGAUUCAGAGCGCCACAGGAACAGCUUUGCAGCGAUGGGCUGUACGCUCACUAACACUCUGUAAACUGGUGUUGAAGAACGUAGCAUCACUCCUGUCUGCAGAACUGAGGUUUGCUACUCUCUUCAUGGCCAUCAUCUGGUUCUGCAUGGCUUUCAGUUACUAUGGCCUGUCUGUGUGGUUCCCUGACAUGAUCAAACACCUUCAGCAUGAGGAGUAUGAGUCCAAGGUCAAGGUGUUCCAUAGAGAACGAGUGGAGAACUUCCAUUUCAACUUUUCUUUAGAAAACCAGAUCCAUAGAGAAGGGGAAUACAUCAAUGACUCGUUCAUCAAAAUAGAGAUGAAGUCAGUGAAGUUUGAGAGCUCACUGUUUGAAGGCUGUCGCUUUGAAGACAUCAGGUCCACAGACACUGUGUUUGAGAACUGCACCAUCCGCUUCAGCCGCUUCUCUGACACAGACCUGUGGGAGGAGAAGUUCAUCGACUGUAAGAUGGAAAACACCACCUUUGAGCACAACAAACAGGGCUGCCACCUGGACACUGGGGAGGAGAACGACGUGCUCAUCUACCUGGUCAGCUUCCUGGGCAGUCUGGCUGUGUUGCCGGGCAACAUCAUCUCUGCCCUCUUCAUGGAGAAGAUCGGCAGGGUCAAGAUCAUAGGUGGCUCCAUGCUCAUUUCCGCUGGCUGCACCUUCUUGCUGUUCCUGAGCUUCAGCCAAUCAGCGAUCAUCGCACUGCAGUGUCUAUUCUGCGGUGUCAGUGUCGCUGCAUGGAAUGGCAUCCAGGUGGUGACCGUGGAACUGUUCCCCACUUCUAAGAGGGCCACAGCCUUCGGCGUGCUGAACGCUCUGUGUAAGCUGGCGGCGGUGCUCGGCAGCUCCAUCUUCACCAGCUUCGUGGGCAUCACCAAAGUCAUCCCCAUCCUCCUGUCCUUCACUGCGCUGGUGUGUGGAGGCCUGGUGGCCCUCAAACUCCCUGACACGCGAGACAAAAUCUUGCAGUGAGGUCCCAUGAGCUCCGGGGGACAGGAUCAAAGCUGAGGCCCAAACAUACAGUGUGUGUUUGAUGUGGGAAGCUUUUUGAAUUGGGUGUGAUUUCACUCUGCAUCUGAAAAAACAUGACUGGAAAAAGCUUAUAGCUAAUCAAUGUAAAAUGCCAAACUCUCUUUUUCAUAUCAACCAGUUUCAUUUAGUUCAGGCUGUAGAGACAGUCUGUCUGCCAGCUCAUAGUCCUGCUGUUGACCCGGAGAAGUUGAGAGCCCCAACGUUGUAUGUUAGAAAUGUAUAAUAGGGGUCUCCAGAACAUAGAAACUGCCAGAUGCUAACUUGCAUAUGUUGGGCAAUUAGCAUAAGUUGCAUUCUUUAGCGUAUGCAGACAAUAGCUCAACAAUGAGCAGGCCGAUUUUGAGUAUUUUGAGUGGUUUUGAGGGUGUUUGAGGAUAUUGAGUCAAUUUCUGACCUUUUCAUGAUCAAAAAUGGCAGUUUUAAUAAGAAAGUGUCCGUAUUUGGCCACCGGUGGACUGAUUUUGAUGAAUUCAGGGUUUAUAUAAAAAUGUUAGGCAACUCAAAACUGCCAAUUUUGAUCCUAAAAAUGUCAGAAAUCCUUAAUAAUCUUCAAAACUAUUCCGACCUGCAAGGUGUUUCCGGGACCUGUACUAUACAUUUAUAACAUAAAACUUUGGAGUACGGGUUCCCAGCAGGACUCUGAGCUGCAGACAGGGGUCUGUGUGUACAGGAGGGUCAGUGGUAAACUGGAAACUCAGUCACAUAUUUACUUCUGUAAGAUUGUGAUCCUUUACUGGCUGUCUCUUCCUCUGCUUCUUGUCCAUCAGUAGUUCCAAGCAUGAUCGGGACUGAUGUUCAUUCUGGCCAAACGUUUUCUGUGACACUUUUAAAAGCCUCCUCAUCAACUUAGCAAAUGACUGCCUGAGAGAUGAAACUGUAAAAUGCUUGAGGUUAAAGUUCAGGACCACUUCUUAAACUUAAAACAUUGUUUUUGCAAUGUUGUAAUUUCAAGAUCUUAUUUAGCUUGUCCUACUGUCAGUUGUCAACAAAUGACUUGUUCUGUUACAGAUGUCUUCUAGGUCUGGCUUAAUACUGCUCACAUACUGUUGUCUAUUGUACACAUUAAAGAGUUAAACUGUCUCACAGGAAUGAGUUAUCUUAUCAUGGCUCCAAUCAGCCAGAGAUUGGGGUAUGCAACAGAUCUACUUCCCUGAGUUUGUUGACUGUCCUUGUGUCUGUUGGAAUUAAAAGUGAUAAUACAAACUAAUGUUCUAUUUACACAUAAAAACCACCAAUCAAAUUACAGUGGACAGCAACCUCACAUCCUCUGGAAAUCAGUAAUAAAAUAAACAAAACUUGCAUUUAAAAAAAGUAGAACAUCUUAAAUUGCUUCCUGCAACUGGCAACCUGAGCAUUACCCAACAUUUCCUGUGCACAUGCCCAUGUUGAACCUCCUAUGAUUACUGGUGGAUGGUAGAUCAUAGGCUUUGUGUAACCAUACAGCAAUUUAAACAUCUCAGUGAUGGUGAGAUGUGUGUCCAACAGUUCCUCUUUCUGUUUGUUCUGCAUGAGUAACACCUCUCCUCUUAGGUUGUAAUCAGCUCCUGCUUCAAUGCAGGGAAAGAACAUCCACACUCAGCUGGAUAUAUCAUUAACAAUUGUUUACAUUUACCUUUCUGUGUGCCGGACCUGCAGUUUUGUAUCAAGGUAUUUCCUGGAAUUGAUUACAGUGUCAGAACUGUUCCUGUGUUACUGCUGCUCUCAGUCUUCUGCUUUUUAAUCAACAAUCCCACUUGUUUUGAGUCUAAACCUUUAAUAAUAUUAUUGCACCAUCUUGUGGAGGAACCGGAACCUUUAUAAUAUUCAGAAAUCAGCCAUUGUGCAUAAUGAGUGCUUAUGAUUUGGGUGCUUUCAGAAUAUUUUGAUGCACUUUAAAUGCAGGAUCCAAAUCAAUGUGCAGGAUAUUCCUACACUGUGGUAUUACUACUUUAACUUACUUUAAAUAUGUGAGUAAUACUCAGUAUUACUACUAUGUGGUAUACAUAGUAAUCAGGCUGAACACAUCUGAUCAGCAUAACAUUUGCCAAGUAAGUUGAAAAUAGAUGCUGGACAAAAAUAGAUCAUCAAUAAAAACCCAGAAUUGAAGUUUAACAAUGAUUGAAAAUAACACAUAUCCCCCCCGCCCCCUUGUAUUCUUCAAACACACAUUUUCAUCUCUAGAACUUUGAGUUCUUUCCUACUCUCUGUUACCGCCACCAUGAAGGCUUCUCCCCCCUCCCUGGCCAGAAUCAGAUCAGACUGUGGUUCAGCAGCCGUGUGUGGAUGAUGGAUCUGUGAUUUUGUUCUUCUUGUACAGUUUGAUGUUCGAUAUGUAUUUAUUACAGGAGGUUUUGUGCAGACUGGUUGUGUAAAUGAUGCAUGUGUGUCCAGUGUUUUCUCUUGUCUUCAACAUAACGUGUAACUUUAAACAGUGGCUCUAAGAUGACUGGUUUUUAAUCAGAAAAAGAGAGAAUCACAGUACUGUGACAUGGAUAUGAAUUACCACUGCUCCUCUGAUUCUGUCAGUGAGCAGCUCUGUGUGUGUUCUGUCUUCCAAAGAGACAGUGUGUGUGACCUGAGGAGGAGCUGAGCAGAUGAGGCAGAUGUGCUCCUGCUGCUCUUUGCAUUGCUUUGGCAUGAUCUCUAGCUGUUUACUGUCUCAAUGUAGGGUGAGACGCUUCUUUUAUUUGGACUGUAUGGCACUAUACUGCAUCCUGGCACCUGUUCACAUUCUGUAAGGGGACAUGCAGUUCUUGGAAAACUAAUAAUCAAUAUAAAUUAGUUCCUUUAAUUAACUGAAGUGAUGUAGAAUUUAAAUAAUUUGCAGCACACUUCAGUUAUAGUCUAGUUGCCAGCAUAGUGAAAUGUUGAGUUCCCCAAAGUUUUCUGUUAGAAAUGAAUAGUACGGUCUCCAGGACAUAGAAAUUGCCGGAUGCUAGAUUGCAUAUGUUGGGAAAUUUGAACAAUUAGCAUUAGUUGUGUUAGUUCAAAUGAAUGGCAUCAUAGGCUAUGUAAACAAAAUGUCUUGGCUGAUUUGGACAGUUUUGGAGUGGUUUUUGGGGUUAUUGAGGAUGCUGAAUCCCAACAGUUUAUGAAAAUCAGUCCACAGAGUACAAAUAUUGCGUUUUCCGGUUAAAACUGUAAUUUCCUAUCCUCAGAUGAUGUCAAAAAAUGGAUUCAGCAUCCUCAAUAUCUCCCAAAACCCCUCCAAGACUGUCCAAAUCUGCUAUUAUUUUACUAUUGUCCUCAUAGGCUAUAAAGGUUAUUAAUUAUGAUUAACACAACUUAUGCUAAUUGCCCAACAUAUGCAAGUUAACGUCCGACAGUUUCUAUGUGCUGGGGACCCUUACUAUACAUUUCUGACACAAAACGAUUGUGGUACUCAAAAUUUGGGGGAUCAGAACAGGACUCUUUGAGCUGGCAAACAGACUACAGGAUAUUGCUAUAUUACAAGUGUUUGUUUGUCUUCUCUUCUCUGAUUUGAAAUGGUUCAGAAAACGUAAAAACAGGAAGAAGAUUAAAGAGCUGUUUCAACUGUUGCCACUCCAAUGUAUUUUCAUAAUAACUUUUUGAACAUGAAUUAUGUUGCAGAUUUUUACAUACGCUUAUUGGCAGGGCAGUACUAUGGCUAACCACACUAGUAAUUGGCUUAUGAAAACAUAUACAUACAUAUUUGUAUUACUAUUGUUUUAUUUAUUUGCUCCAAAGCAGAGAUAAAAUGCCAACAUCUGUUCUGUGUUUGAAUUGAAAUCUUUGUCUUCCUUCUCAGUGCUGCAGGGGAACGCCCCAGGGUAAAAUGAGUCUUUUGGAUUUCUGUUUGAUUCUCUGUGUGUUUGUGACUGUGACAAAUCAGACCAAUAAAAUCAGUUCAUCAAUACAUCAUGGGCUAUUUCUGAUAACAUAUAUAUAUACACUGCCCGGCCAAAAAAAAAGGUCACAAGUCUGUGGGGGCAGUGCUAUGAUCUGGGGUUGCUGCAGUUGGUCUGGUCUAUGUUCAGCAACGUGCCCAAAGAAUGAGGUCAGCUGACUACCUGAAUAUACUGAAUCACCAGGUUAUUCCAUCAAUGGAUUUCUUCUUCCCUGAUGGCACGGGCACGUUCCAAGAUGACAAUGCCAGGAUCCAUCGGGCUCAAAUUGUGAAAGAGUGGCUCAGGGAGCAUGAGACAUCAUUUCACACAUGGAUUGGCCCCCACAGAGUCCAGACCUGAACCCGAUUGAGAAUCGUUGGGAUGUGCUGGGGAAGACUUUGCGCAGUGGUCUGAAUCUCCCGUCAUCAAUACAAGAUCUUGGUGAAAAAUUAAUGCAAGACAGAAAUAAAUGUUGUGACAUUGCAGAAGCUUGUGGAAACGAUGCCACAGAGAAUGUGUGCUGUAAUCAAAGCUAAAGGCGGUCCAACGGAUAUUAGAGUGUGACCUUUUUUUUGGCCAGGCAGUGUAUAUAUAUAUAUAUAUAUAUAUAUAUAUAUAUAUAUAUAUAUAUAUAUAUAUAUAUAUAUCCACAGCUGUGUCAGAAAGUUAAGCAAGGGCGAAAAAUCUGAUGCGGAACAAGGCACAUUUUGACCGGGGGUGUAGGCGCCUUGUUGAGUCACCGGUGUGCACCGUGGACAAUUGAUCAAUCAAUCAAAUGGUAUUUAUACAGCCCAAUAUCACACACAUUACACUAAUGUGUGCUGUUAACACUCGACAGUGUUAACAGCACACACACGAGGUAUAAUACGAACCCAGCAGCCUCUGAGACGUGCAGCAGCAGCGCCCAGAGAGCUGUACCUUCCCUGCGUUACAUUCAUUAGAUCACCUCAGGCCCAGCCCUGAUCAUUGUGCUGCCCUAGAUAUGAUUUUUACCCCAUCUUUCAUCUAUUUUUCUUGAAUGGGUCCAGAAAACAUAUUUGAUAGCCUGAUAGCUUAUAAAGUUAUACCAUAGGUAGAAACUACCUAGUUUGUUGCAUUUAUCAAUUAUAACAUUAUAGAAAGAAAACUGUUUACAUGUUAUUGGCAUUGUUCCCAAUAAUAAUAAACACGGAACUUUGUUUUGUUGCCCUUUCAACUUUUUCAAGUCCUGUCUCCAUGUUUCCAGAUCUCAGUAUUGUACUUUAGAGAGCAAAAUUUUCUUACAGUUACACAAUUAAGUAAAAAGCGAAACAAAUAAGCUUAAC